GUGGAGAACUACUUGAUAAUUUCUCGUAUUGAAAAGACAAGAAAAAAAAUUCUCAUUAGAGAGCCAGAGGAUAAGUGCAAGAUUCUUCAGUAGUCCCCAAUUCAACACAUGCUAUCUUUGAUAAUCUGAUUGCUCCAUGUAAUCUUAAUUGGGGACGGGUUUUUUUUUUUGGGGGGCUACAUGCACGUAUAGACAUCCUGGGGAUUAAAAACAGAGACAUGUAAUAGUGUCUAACCACACAGUAGUUACAACUUACAACAUUUAAGUAGAGAGAUGGAUUUCGCGGCCAAUCAUUUCAAAACUGGUGCGGCUGCUUUCCCAAUCGAUUCAAAUCUGACUUACUUACCAAAUUGGAGCCCAACAUCAGUUGUUGUGAUUAACCAAGAUACUACAGAUAUAAAAGAUUGUGUACUUUUCGAAACUCUCUUCAGAAUUGAGUCCGGUGCGGAACAUAAGAAGACGGUGAAAUGGGAGCCUCCAGUGGGCCAAGGCUUUCCGGAAUGCAGAGACAAGUACUUAGUCUAUACAGAGGGUUCUUGCGGGCAGCUCGUUUAAAAUCUGCUGAAGAUCGACACAAGAUUGAGUCACUUGUGUCAAAUGAGUUCCGCCACAAUGCCAAGAAUGUAGACCGCAAGAAUUUUCUUUACAUUGAGUACUUGGUUCGCCGUGGAAGGAAACAGCUUGAUCAGCUCAAGAGCCCUGAUACUGUUGGAUUAUCAGCUCUGAAUGUGAGUCGUUUCCCACAAACAAAACAUCCUACUUAUUGAACUUCACAAAAUCAGUCUACUGGAUGAGGAGAUAAUGAGUUGAAGCCAAAAGGGAUACUGUGAAUGAGAUUCUCUUCAGCAAAACCUCAUGUACCUACAACCUCCAAAAACAAUGAUACCCAGAAGAAGAAAACUUGCUCUUUACAUUAGUUACACCUACAUACUGGACAAUGAUUACCAAGGCUUAAAAGAAUUGAAGAAUUACAAAUUAAGCAAAUAGAAAACCUCAUAUCCUUGCAGCGC